AUGGAAUUCCCCAUCCUCCCCAAAACCCUCCUCAUCAUCUCCCUAAAGAUGUACUUCACCCCCCCCCGCACCCUCGACUACCUCCGCGCCCUCUUAUCCCCUGAAAACGAUAUCGUGCGACCCCAAAACCGGAGCAAACUCCUCCUCGCGCUCAUUCCCGACUUCCUCACCAUCUACCCCUGUCAUGAAAUCAUCCAGCAGUAUGAAUCCACUCUCGACUCCACCUCCACCAAACAACAGUCACUACCAGCACCAUUCCUCCUUGGCGCCCAGGACUGUUUCUGGGAACCUCUAGGCGCCUACACGGGGGAAGUCUCCCCCCUUUCACUGCGGAGUAUGGGCGUCUCCAUCGUGGAACUGGGCCAUGCCGAACGACGCGCCAUCUUCGCCGAAUCGGAUGUGCAAACGGCACGGAAGGCAGCAGCUGUCUGUGAUCAGGGGAUAGUUCCCUUGGUUUGUAUCGGAGAAGUUACUGCGCCGGGAGCCGUGGCCUCCGAAGCUGUGGCGUUAGCGGUGCAGGAAUGCGCGGUUCAGGUUCGUCCUAUCCUGGACGCUAUUCCCCCUGAGGCACCUGCUAUCUUCGCUUACGAGCCGGUCUGGGCGAUCGGCAAAGCUGUCCCCGCUGGCGUUGAGCAUAUCGCGGCCGUGGUGAAGGGUAUUCAGGCCGUUGUGGCGGAGCGGAAACGUCCCGGUGACGUGCGGAUCCUGUAUGGGGGUAGCGCGGGGCCUGGAUUGUGGGGUCCUGGCGGUCUGGGCAAGGCUGUUGAUGGGAUGUUUCUAGGGAGGUUUGCUCAUGAGGUUGAGGGGGUGAGGAAGGUUGUUAGAGAGGUUGAGGAAUCAUUGUGA